GUGCGAUUAAUCGACUUGUAUAUUUUCAAAUCUACUCUUAAAAAACCCAUUCAUAUUUGUAUGUACAAAAAAAACCUUGCAAACGUUUGAAGGUUAACCACUCGUCCAUCGGAUAAGUGGUCGGCUUUCAGCUGUCAAUUUACUUAAUAAUUAUUGAAAAUUCCCUGUAACAACAUGAUCAUUAAUUAGCCUAAUUAUUUGUAUUAUUAUUGAGUACACAGUUUAAUUGAUUUCCCAUUUGUUUUUUUAUUCCAUAUAAAAUUUAUCAUCUAUCAACAUUAUUUGUGCUUGAAUAGUUAAAUAUUUUUAUUAAAUUUAAUAUCAUUUACCAGGAUUAUAUAACAUUAUAAUAUACGUAUAUCUACAUUCAAAUUAUUUGUGUAUUUAUUUUACCCAUAUUAAAUUGUAAUUAAUUGUUUUAUACUCAAAAAUAAAAAUAUGAGUCUCGCUGACUCUGUUGGUAAAUGUGCUGCUAUUGCAACUAUCGGAACAUUUUUUGCUCCUGUGUAAGUACCUUUUAAAAUAAUUUGUCAAUACCUAGCUGCAGAGAUGAGAGAUCUCAUCUAAUUUUUUAUUUUAUAAAUUCAUCGAGAUUAGAUCUUUUAUAGUAAAAAUAUAGUAAACUAGACUAAUACAAAAUGAAGAGAAAAAUCUAAAUAAUAGUGAAAAAUUAAUAAUAAAUAUAUCAAAUAUAAUAACUAAAAUAAAUAAACACUCAUAAGAUUAUGUUGAUUUUUAAAUGUAAAUUUAAUAAAUAAUAUUUUUUAUUAGGUACCUAAUGUUAUUAAUUUUAAUAAUAAACAUCUUUUAGUUCUAAAAUUGUUACCAUUUUAACCACUGUAUAACAGAAAAAAUAUAUAGUAUGUAGGUAUUCAAAAAAAGUUUCUGCGGAUCAUAAAUUAAAAUUCAAUGUUUGAUUAUGUAAUCUUUUUAUUAGUUUUAUGUACAUAUUUUUUUUUCACUCUUCGUUUAUAUAAAUACAAUAAAUCAUUAAAAAAAAAUUCUGUGGACUAAUAUAAGUCUUACUCAAAUAAUAUUUAUUCAUAUUCAGAUACAUAAUUCUGUAUACAGACUGUAACAUGAAGAUCUGACAACUUAAAUAACUUUUGUUUAAUUUGAUACCUAUUUUUAAGUUAAUUUCAUGUAAUUAUUACUUGAGCCUUGCACUAUGAUUCCUAUGUUUUAUAUUUUUAGGACUAAAAUAUUUGUUAACAAAAUCCAAAAUAGCCAUUUUAUAAUUUCCAAUUUUGAAACAAAAUGUUGGUGUUACAAAUAUUUAAACAUCAACUGAGAAGUUUUUACAAUUUUUUUGAAGUCAACAAUAAUUUUGUUAAUUCUUUUUGUGAACUUCAAAAAUAAUUAAAUCUCUACAAUGGUAUCAAGCAUAAAUAUUUGUAACAGCAAAAUGUGAUUUCAAAAUAUAUAUAUUUAUAAAACGGAUAUGGAAUUUUCAAAAAAAUAUAUAAAAUAGAGGAAUCAUAUGGCAUAGUAAUAGAAAUUUUUUGAAGAAAAAAAAUCUUAAACAUAUUAGUAUCAAUGUCUGUUAAUAACAGAAUAAAAAUUAGUUUUUAUUAAUAUUUUAUUAAAAUCAUUUUAGAUGUUUAAUUGUUCUAUUACACUCUGUAUAUACCUAUAUGUUAAAAUAAUUUGCUACGUUUAUUAACCAAUUUAAAGUUCACAGAAAAAAAAUAUUUAUAUCUAUUUUAAACUUACUAAGUAUUAUUUGUAUGCUUUCUUUAUCUUUAACAAAACUACCAAUUAAAAUGUUUAUUUUAUAAUGUAAAAAAAAAAGUAAAAAAGAUAAUCUAAGUCUACGUCUUUAUUUAAUUAAUUAAAACAUUAGUCCCUAGGUAUUUUACUCAACAAUUAUUAUUAUAUUGAAAAUAACGUUUAUUAUACAUUAUUUUAUCAAAAUUAUAAAUUAUUCAAUUCCUGUUGAUAGAUCUUAAGAUAAACAAAAUGCUAUCUAAUUUUAUUAGUAAAAUAUUGUCAAUUAGGUGUCAUAAGUAAUAUGUUAAUUUAUGGUGGGUAGGUAGAAUGUUGAUAGAGAUAACAAUUUAAAUUGAUGUGUGAUAUUCUAAUAAAAUGACCUAUUGGGCAAUUAAACUAUUUAUGUAAUACAUUGUAUAUUACGUAUUAUAUCUGGUGAUUUAUAAUUUAUUUAUUUGAAUGUGUUUUUAUUAAUUAUCUAUUAAGUAAUUCAUAAUUACCUUUUAUUAAAUUAGCUAAAAAUAAUAUUGAUUUUGUAUGGUUUAUAAUAAUAAUAAUUUCGGGGGAAGGCUUAGUAUUUCAUAAUAUUGAUUAAUAUUUGCUUGGCCCCCAACUAAAGUCUCCUCCGCUAAUUGUUCCUAUAUCCUUGUAAUAUUGUUGAAAUGUCAUGUGAUAAAAGAAUAUUUUUAAUAAAAAAACAAAUUUAUUUAUAAAUAUUAAUUUUAGAACUGUCUAAUAUAAUUUCUCAAAUAGUCUUAUUCUAAUCAGAAAAUAUAUUAAUAAUGCAAUUUAUUCAGAAUAGGUACUCAUUUUCACAUUAUGGGUGUAAAGAUUAGAUAUAUAACAAAUAAAGUCAAGAAUUUAUUUUUAAAUAAAUUACAUAAUAUUGGGUUUUAUAGCAAAUUGUACCUAUAGGUAGGUAUGUGGUAUUAAAAUGUACUACUUUUAUUAUUUUGUAAUUUGUUUAUCCUAUUAUUACAUAUUUUAAUUAUUUUAAUGAACUGUGUAUAAAAUUAAAAGUACUAAUAAUUUUAUAAUAGUAAAAAAUGUUUUGAUAUUUAAUGUUUUAGUCUUAUAUGUCGUGAUAUAAUAAAAGCGAAAAGCUCAAAGAAUGCAGAUGCUACACCUUUUGUUGGGGGUAUGGCUAUGUAAGUAUUAUUAAAUGUUCUAUAAUUUUAAUUUAGUUAUUUAAUUCAGUUAUUUUUAGGUCUAUACUUAUGAUCAAAAAUGGAUUGCUUAUGAAUGAUCCUAAUAUUAUACCAGUUAAUAUUUUUGGAUUUGUGUUGAAUCUUGUCUAUUUUUUGAUAUUUUAUACUUAUACAGCUGAUACAGUAAGUAAAUAAAUUUAUAAAAAAACUAUCCACCAAUAUUUAUAAAAUUAUAGGUAUAUAUUUUUAUAAUAGGUAUGACAUUUUUAAUUUAUAGAGUCCAUUAUUUUCAUUGUUAACAAAAGUGUCUCUUUUUACUGGUGUAUUAUGGGGCUACACAUCAUUUGAGGAUGAAACACUAAUUGAACACCGUUUUGGAGUUAUUCUUACUUUAUUGAUGUUGGCGCUAAUUGGAUCUCCCCUAUUCUCUUUGGUAAAUUAAUUUUUAAUUAAUUAAAAAUUUAAUUUGGUAUAUUAUAUUAAUAUUUUUAAAUAAUUACAAAGCAUUAUUGCUAUUAAUUAUAUAGUUACAUAAUUAUUCUUUUAGUUUCUCUCUGCAUUUUUUCCCGGCCAUUUGAGAUUAGCCAUCUUGUGUUUAUCCUAAUUCUCUUACUAUAAGCUGUCCUAUCACUAAUUAUCCUGAUAUUACUUACAUCUCUUCUUUUACCUUCCUCUGCCUUUUUUCUACAUUACGCAGUUAAUUGCCUAUUUCUUGAUUCUCCAUUAUAUGUCCUCAUUUUGCUCUCUUUCAUUUAACAUUGUGUUAGCUCAACACAAAAGUUUUACCCCAUCUUCUUAAAUAUACAAAUAUAACAUAUUAACUACUAAUCUUUAUUUUAAUUUGUAAUAAUAUAUAUUUAUAGCUUUGUUUAAUUAUAAAUAAAUUAACACUUUUUAUGUCCGUGUAUGAAAUAAUAGUAUACAAUUUCAACUUCUCAUAAUUUAUUUUACAGAAUGAUAUUAUCAAAAAAAAGGAUGCAUCUAUGUUACCUUUUCCAAUGAUUGCAUCUGGUAUUGUAGUGGGAUCCUUGUGGUUAAUCUAUGGAUUAUUGAUAGAUAAUAUUUUCAUAAAGGUAUAAAAACCCAAUUCAUCCUAAUCCCUAUUUGUACUUUUAUUAUUUUUAUUUUCAGGUUCAAAACAUAGCAGCUAUUAUAUUGUGUUUGAUACAAUUAUGGUUAAUAUACAAAUAUCCUAAACCAGAAAGCAAAAAACAAAAUUAAUUAUUCUAUAGUUACCUUAUUAUAUAUGGAGUUAUACAAGCAUUUAUUUCUGUCCACAUUUACUGUAAUUUUCAAUGUUUUUUUUUUUUUUCAUAAAUCCUUCUAUAUAUUAUAUUAAUAUAAUGUUGUUAACUGUAUAUUAGUUUUAGUGCCAUUCUGUGUACUUAGCUACUUAAUCGCAGUUUAUAUUCUAAUGUUUUAAUAUUGUUUAUGUUCCAAAAUGUGAUUGACAAAGUGAUUUUAAUUACCAUUUUUUUUAAAUGUUGCCAUACAAUUAUAGAUGUUUAAUAUAUUUUAUUAUACCAACCAACAAAUCAAAAUCAUUCCAAUAUAUAAUUAAUUUAGUUACUAAGUAAUUAAUUGUUGUUUAAUAUUUUAUAAAUUAUUGAUUUCAAAUAAAUUUAUAUAGAAAGUAAAAAUAAAA